UUUAUCCAUACAAGGAAAACCCCAGCAAAAUGGCGGAACUGAAGAGCGUGUGGAACGUUAGUAAUACGUUGAUGCGGUGAUCGUUAAAUUCGCGAAGGUUUUCGCUGUUUUUAUCGCUUUCACAGGGGUCUUAGAUGUUAUGAUACUUCGGUAAGGUUGGUUUGCCGUGCGGUGGUAGUUGGACCUAACUAAGGACUGUGACUUAACGUUUGUGUAGCUCGUUUUCAUCGACGACAAGCAGAAUACGCGGUGCUUUGUCUGGGACGAAAGCGGAAGGCAAGGUCCUCGGGAGUUCCCGCUUAGUGACUGGUGCCAGCCUCGUGCGUGCCUCUCCUCUUGCUGAUCCAAUGACGAUGAAGGCACCCCGUAGCCCACCCCUCACUGGCUGGGGUUACCACUCGCAGAAGUGUCAGGUCAUCCCGGGACGAAGCACGCCCGGGACCCAAGAUAGGAUGUGCGCAUCCAGCCACCGCGCCAUCGGCGCUGAGGCCUACCUCCAGCACCUCUCCGGCCAGGAAAAAGAGCCGCACGUCGUGAGCAUGGACCACAGCUACGCCCGCGCGUGGAACGCCCACCCCGACUCCCACCAUGCCCGACCCGCCAAGCUCCUCUUCAUGAAGAACGUCUCGUGUGCCAGCAGCACGGCAGUCACUACUGAAGACGCGCCUGUCGACGUCGAGUCCUGGACGCCGACCGGCCCGCUGCCCUACGACAGCAGCCGCGUCCGCAGCCUGAUGAGCGAGUGCGAGCGCAACGCGAGUCCGUGGGCGCGGAGCAAGGCCGGAUCCGACGACUGGGACCGGGAGCCCGAGGGAGCGGGCUGGAGCAACGCUCAGCGGCAGCUGGUGGCGCGGGUCGUGCGUCUGCUGCACGCAGACCGCCUCGCGCGGCUCGCAUACCAGCGGAACGCCAACGAACCCGUGCUGCGGCGCCUUGCCGUAGACCGGGCGGCGAGCCGGAUGCGGCGUCUGCUCGGCUCGUACGGCUGGGACGCGAGGCUGCUCAAGUGGCUGCACGCCUUCAUCGUCGAGAAGGCGAGCCCAGCGUAUCUCGCCGCCUAUCUCGACGUCCUGCAGGCGCUGCGGGCGCGCGUUCCGACCCUGGUGGACAAGAUGGUGGCGAGACCAGAGGCGCUCAACGGACUUUUGCGGAGGCCCUGGGACCCGGCGGCCGCGUUCCUGAGUCAGCACAAGCCGAAGAGGCUCCCGGGAUCUCCGCUGCUCGUGCUGUGUCCAGGGCGACUCCACUGGGGCUCAUGGCCCGCGCAGCUCUCGCUCCUAGGGCAGCUGGUGGUCGUUCAGCCGACCAAGACUGCCGGUGCUGAGGCCGCUCAGCAGCAGGCGCCAAAGGACUUGGUGGCCGCUGUCAGGGCCAAGGUGCACGAGCUGAAGACGCGCUUUCGUUCGAGGCCCAUCGUGCUGAUCGGCUGGAAGGCUGGCGGGCUGGUGGCUUGCCAGGUGUCGCUGCUGGAGUCCGUGGCGGCCGUGGUGUGCCUCGCGUUUCCGCUGGUCGGGCUGAGCGGGCCACGUGAUGUGGACGACCCACUGCUGGACAGUCCCACACCGACGCUGUUUGUCGUUGGACAGAACGCACUGUCGUGCGGGACGGACCGCAUCGAGGACUUCCGGGAGCAGAUGAAGGCGGUGUCGGGGCUGGUGGUGGUGGGCGGAGCGGACGACGGACUGCGGAUGGGGUGCCUGAAGAAGCGCCUAGAGGGUGUCACCCAGUCGAUGGUGGACAGGUGUCUGUUGGAGGAGGUGGCCUCGUUUCUGCAGUCGGUGUUGGGCGGGAUGCACGUGGGUGCAGUGGCGAGGCCCGGGGGGGCUCCGGCCAGGUCCAUCGUGGGGCACAGGGCUUAGAACUCGGUCUGCUUUUUGGACUUCAUUUGAGCAUCUAAGCUUUCUUUUGGCCCUCUUUUGUUCUAUAGUUUUUCUCGCACUGGGAAAUUUGAAGAUCCAGUGUCUUUGUGGGCUGUACAGCGGCUUUUCUUUUUAGGAUAUGCUAGCAGCAUUGUUUUCGUCAUAUUCUGCUGCUUUCAGCAAGGUAUCAGUGAGUGCUAGAUAGUACAUUCUGUAACCUCAUGGUAAGCACUACAAAAAAACAAAACAAAAAAAAAACAAUGGACGUCUAACCAGUACAAAACAUUGUCACGUCUUGUUCUGUACUGUCCAACUAGUAUGUACUUGCUUUGAAUCGCACAUCUUGUUCUUUGUCUUUGGCACAGCAGUGCAGAGCUGGAGACGUAUUGUACUAUUUUUUGUAGUGCUGUCUUUUCUCUCUCCGCUGUUGCAUUUGAGUAUGGCAUGUUUUGUUAUGUCACAUAUAAAGUUAUGUUUUGGAAAAACGGU